GGGCCUGGCGGCCCCGGGCGGCGCGGCGGCGGCGGCCAACGGGCCCCUCGGCACGGGCGCGGGCGGCGCCGCCCCCGGAGGCUACUUCGAGACUCCUUUUAACUUUGGCGUGAAUCAUAGAACUCCACCCUACCCUGCCGGGGAUUACUGUCUUCUGUGCAGAAGCGAGCGGAAAGACUCUUCAUUCCUCGAAAGCGGGAUGAAGACUGCGAGCAAAUUGGCCCUUUCCAUGGCUCCCAAGGGCAACAGCGUGCUGCACCUGCCGCUCUGGGUGUGCCCGGACUGCCGGCGGACCGUGGAGAAGGAAGAGCGGCACGGCAGCCUGGACCCGCCGGCGGGCCAGGACUUCCUGCUCCACGGCCCUCUAGGCGGGUCCCCGGCAGAGGCAGGCGGCGGGAGGCUGGCCCUGGGUGCCCAGCCGCCGCCCUCGGACACAGCGUGUGCCUGCGAGGCCUGCAGCGAGCGCAGAGAGAUCUCGGCCGAGACGGACCGGGAGCCGCAGCAGCUGCAGAACUACUGGUCCGAAGUGCGCUGCAUGGUCCGCUGCAUUUACCGCCAGGCGGGGACCCCGCUGGCAGGCGACCAAGACCAGUCCCUGGUGCCCGACAAGGAGGGGGUGAAGGAGCUCGUGGAUAGGCUCUGCGAGAGGGACCCCUACCAGCUGUACCAGCGGCUGGAGCAGCAGGCCCGCGAGCACGUGCUGGAGAUGAAGGUGCGCCUCCUGCGGCAGCUGUCGGCCGCGGCCCGCGUGCGGGCGCCCUCCGGCCUGCAGGGCCCGCCGCAGGCCCGCCAGUUCAUCUCCCUGCUGCUCGAGGAGUACGGCGCUCUCUGCCGGGCCGCGCGCACCAUCAGCUCCUUCCUCGGAACCCUGGAAAAUGAGCACUUGAAAAAGUUCCAGGUGACAUGGGAACUGCAUAAUAAACACCUGUUUGAGAAUCUGGUUUUUUCGGAGCCCCUCCUCCAGAGCAACCUGCCGGCGCUGGUGUCUCAGAUCAGGCUGGGCAGCACGACGCACGACGCCUGCAGCGAGGACGCCUACAGCGCCCUGCUGCAGCGCUACCAGCGCUCCGAGGAGGAGCUACGCAGGGUCGCCGCCCAGUGGCUGGAGUGCCAGAAGCGGAUCGACGCCUACGUCGACGAGCAGAUGACAACGAAGAGCAAGCCGCGCACGCUGACAGAAGACUGGGAGCUUUUCAGACAGCGGCGAUUCCUUGAAGAGCAGUUCACCAACAAGAAGGCGGUCACGGGCGAGAACAACUUCACAGACGCCGUAAGGCAGGUGCUGUCCUCCCGGCUGAGCGUGCCUGACUGUCCCAGCUGCCACUACCGGAGAAGGUGUGCUUGCGAUGACUGCAGCCUCUCCCACAUCCUCACGUGUGGCAUCGUGGACCCCCCUGUCCCCAGCGACACCCACGUCCACCCGCUGCCGCUCCCGGUGGGCUCGGCUCCCGACUGCGUCUCUGAGAUGCGCCCGCCCAGCGUGUCGUCCGCCAGCUCGGGGUCGGGCUCCAGCUCCCCAGUCACCGUCCAGCAGCACCCCAGGCUCAUCCUCACGGACAACGGCUCCACGCCAGCUUUCUGCAGUGACGAUGAAGAUGUGGCUCCGUUGUCAGCCAAGUUUGCUGACAUUUAUCCGCUGAGUAACUACAGCGAUACCGAGGUGGUGGCCAGCAUGAAUGGACUCCACAGCGAGUUAAACGGUGGCGGGGAAAACAUGGCCCUGAAAGACGAGUCCCCGCAGGUGAGCAGCAGCAGUGGCAGUUCUUCCGAGGCGGACGAUGAAGAGGCGGACGGCGGGAGUGGUGGGGAGCCCCCGGGGGCCCCGCAAGAAGACAUGGCCCUAGGGAACGGGAGCCCCGGGACGGAGGACAGCAAAGCGGACAGCCCUCCCCCGUCUUACCCCGCUCAGCAGGCUGAACAAGCUGCAAACACUUGUGAAUGCCACGUAUGUAAGCAGGAAGCUUCUGGACUGCCGUUGUCAGCCAUGACGGCUGGAGCCCUUCCUCCAGGCCACCAGUUCCUGAGCCCAGAGAAGCCCGCACACCCGGCUCUGCAUCUGUACCCCCACAUCCAUGGGCACGUGCCCUUGCACACCGUCCCACACCUGCCUCGCCCUCUGAUCCACCCCACCUUGUACGCAGCACCUCCCUUCGCCCACAGUAAGGCUUUACCGCCAGCACCUGUUCAGAAUCACACAAAUAAGCAUCAGGUAUUCAAUGCAUCUCUUCAAGACCAUAUUUACCCGAGCUGUUUUGGGACUACUCCAGAGUGGAAUAGUUCUAAGUUUAUAAGUCUUUGGGGAUCAGAAGUGAUGAAUGAUAAGAACUGGAGUCCUGGCACUUUCUUGCCAGAUACAAUUUCUGGGAGUGACAUGCUCGGGCCAACACUCACAGAAACGAGACCCGACGCCCUCCCGCUGCCACCGAGCAAUGGGACGCCUACAGCUUUGGAUUGUAAAGAGAAAAAAAAUGCCGCAAAAAAGAAAUGCUUGUACAACUUCCAAGAUGCUUUCAUGGAAGCAAAUAAAGUGGUGAUGGCCACCUCGUCAGCCACCUCCUCCGUCUCCUGCACGGCCACCACAGUGCAGUCCAGCAACAGCCAGUUCAAAGUGUCGUCCAGGAGGCCCCCUUCCAUAGGCGAGGUCUUCCACGGCGUCAGCAAAGAGGAGCACAGGCGUGCGGGGCCGGCCGCCCCGAGGAGCAGCCCCACAAGCCUGGCGCCGCUCCCCGCGCUCGCCCCCGCCGCCCUCUCUCCAGCCUCCCCGCCUCACCUGGCGAAUCUCGCAGCCCCCACCUUCCCCAAAACCGCGGCCGCGUCCCCUGGGUUUGUGGAUUCACGCAAGAGCUUCUGUCCUGCUUCGGUGGCACCCCCGCCCCCCGCCACAGACGGCUCCGUCAGCGCACCUCCGAGCGUCUGCAGCGACCCCGACUGCGAAGGGCACCGCUGCGAGAACGGCGUCUACGACCCGCAGCAGGACGAGGGCGACGAGAGCGCCGAUGAGGACAGCUGCUCCGAGCACAGCUCCAGCACCUCCACCUCCACCACCCAGAAGGAGGGCAAGUACUGCGACUGCUGCUACUGUGAAUUCUUCGGGCACGGCGGGCCCCCAGCUGCACCAACAAGUAGAAAUUAUGCAGAAAUGAGGGAGAAGCUUCGCCUGCGGCUGACCAAGAGGAAGGAGGAGCAGCCGAAGAAGGCGGACCAGCUGUCAGAGCGCGAGAGCGUGGUGGACCACCGCAGGGUGGAGGACCUGCUGCGCUUCAUCAACAGCUCCGAGACCAAGCCCGUGAGCAGCUCGCGCGCGGCCAAGCGGGCGAGGCACAAGCAGAGAAAGCUGGAGGAGAAAGCGCGCCUCGAGGCGGAGGCCCGGGCCCGGGAGCACGUGCACACCCGUGAGGAGCCGCGGCAGGAGCCGGGGGAGGACGCGCGGCUCACGGCGGAGCUCCAACGGCUGCAGGAGCUCCAGAAGCUCCGCGCUGUGAAGAAGAAGAAGAAGGAGAGGCCGCCUAGAGACUGCCCCAAGGUGGGCGCACUUGCUGGGGCCGUGCCCACAGAAGCAGAGCCUGCGCCCGACUCUGCACACAUGCACAACGGCUCCCUGGAGCCAACUGAAGAACCAGAAACCUCACCGCACUCCCCGUCCAGACACGCCGGCCACAUGGAGCCCGGGCCGGGGACAGACAGGGACACAGCGGACCCCGGGGACGCCAGGGACUCCAAGCUCCUCCUGCCUGAGGGGGUCAGUGGGAAGCAGCAGGAGCCGCUGUCCUUUCUCCUGGACAUAAUGCACCCCCACAAGGAGGGGACUGGCAAACAGAAGCCGAAACAGGCUGGGAAGGCCGGCAGCGAGCUGGGCAGGAGGCCUGCAGAGCCCCCCAGGCCCUCUGAGGGUCAGCCCAGACCCCGGCCCCAGACUGAGCCAAAGGCUAAAGUGCUUGACCUCGCCUCCCUGGCGGAGCAGAAGAGAGAGGAGAGGAAAGCCAACAGCAACAACAACAACAAGAAGCAGCUGAACCAUGUCAAGGAGGGGAAGGCGAGUCCCGGCCCCCCAGAGCCCGCCUGCCCUGGUGAGCACCCGCACAGCAGCAAGCUGGUGCUGGCCGACUCCCCUCAGCCCAGGGGCAAGAGCAAGAAGAGCCGGAAGAAGAAGGGAGACCGAGGCAGCAGCUCUCUCGAUGAUGUCUUUCUGCCUAAGGACAUCGACCUAGACAGUGUGGACAUGGAUGAGACAGAGCGGGAGGUGGAGCAUUUCAAAAGGUUCUGCUUGGAUUCCGCCCGACAGACCCGACAAAGACUGUCCAUCAACUGGUCCAAUUUUAGCUUGAAGAAAGCCACCUUUGCCGCCCACUGAGGGAGGACCAGCUGGAGAAGGACACAUGGGCGUUCGCCUGGCUGCGCCGGGGUGGGGGCGGUGGGCCACGGUGCCUAAAACCCCGGACCAAGGACGCGGCGCCAGCCUGCGCUGCUCGCGCGCGUGCGUGUAGUCUGUGAGCCUUCGGUCGUAGCUCUUCGCUGUCAUACGGACAGCAGCUCCCGCCGCAUCCUCCGCCGCCGCGGCCUCGGAGGCCUGAGCCAUGGCCAGAGACGAGUUUGCAUCACCCCUGUGGCUCCGUCGCCUCUGCACCUCGCCCCGUCCUGUCAUCUGUCCUUGCGGGCGACGCCGGCACUCAGCUCCCACCCCGGCGGGCGGGCGGGCGGGGCAGGUGUGCGCCCCCUUCCACAAUCUGCUGUUCGGAGUGUACGCGUCGCACCGUCUGUGUCUGACCCCUGACCUGUAGCCAGCUUGUGUGAGACCCUGCGAGUGAGGAGGCCACGCCCGCCCCGCACUCGCCAUCCAGUCUGUCAGCGUGCGACUGUAUUAACACGGGCCUGCCUGGCUACUCUUUAACAUAUUGUUAAGUAAUAUUAAAAUCAUGUCUUUCUUUUUGAAAGAUGGAAUACAUUAG